CUUCCCCAGCAUGGAUCUCCUAUGUUUCAGUCGAAAUAGCCGAAGUCAAGUUCCGGCUUCUGCUUUGCCAAUGGGGGAGGAGAAUUUGUCCUGCCUCCUUGAGAAACCAUGCAGCGACCUUUUGUCUUUCCUUGGUUGUGUUUCCAGCAAGAACACGCCACCCCAAAGCGGGAGGCAGAAGACCAGAAUCCUGCGACGGAGACUCUCAAGAGGAAAAAGGCCAAACCUGAAGCUCCCCAGCCCGAAGCAGACCCUGCCGCCAGCUGCUUCACGCCCUUCGACUACAGCAAAUCCGAUUUCCGAGUCUUUGCCGGGAGCAGCAAAUCCAAGCCACCACGGCAAUUUAAUCCCGCCAUCCAGGCCGCUGGCAACAAGAAAUUUUCAGGAGCCAGCAAAUCACAACAGCCAGCAGGAACAAAAAGCAUGUCUUUCACAGCUGGAAAAUCCAACAGGGGUUUUCGGCACAAUUGGCCAAAAAGAUAACACAGAUCAAGAAAGUUCUUGGAAGACGCGAAAAUCAAGAAACUCCUGCCACUUUUUGUACGGAUAACGUGUUUUCGGUGUUGUUUUUUUAAACAAUUAAAGUGCUUUUCUUUCCCCUGAAAAAGAAAGGAAGGCAAGUUUAAAUUAA